AUGUCAUUAAUCUUCACUCAAAGUCAAAAAUCUCUUGUUGCCUUAUUGUUGGUCUUUAUAACCAUUUCCUCGGGCAUAUUUGCCGCACCAGUAGACAAACGUAAUUUCUUAAACAGCGGAAAUAAGCCCCUCGUGACUUUCCAAAAUGCCAACGAAAAUAUCGCUACCACAGAAGCCGCUAAAGUUAACUCUUUAGGGGUGGAAACUCUCAAUGCCGCUGAAGCUGCUUCCAACUUUGAUCAUGAGAACUUAGCUUCGUUUGUGAUUGUCAAACGCGACGAGGGCAAACGUAAUUUCUUAAAUAAUGGUGGAUAUGCACCUCUUGUGACUUUCCAAAACGCCAACGAAAAUAUUGCCAGCACGGAGGCCGCUAAAGUUAACUCUUUAGGGGUGGAAACUCUCAAUGCCGCCGAAGCUGCUUCCAACUUUGAUCAUGAGAACUUAGCGUCGCUUGUGAUUGUCAAACGUGACGAGGGCAAACGUAAUUUCUUAAACAAUGGAUAUGUACCCCUUGUGACUUUCCAAAACGCCAACGAAAAUAUCGCUACUACUCAAGCCGCCAACGUCAAUUCUUUAGGAUUAGAGAGACUUAGCGCUGCCGAGGCUGCAUCCACCUUCGAUAAUGAGAAUGCAAACAUGUUGUUCAUUGCCAAACGUGACGAGAGCAAACGUGCCUUCUUAAACAAUGGAUAUGCACCUCUUGUGAGUUUCCAAAAUGCCAACGAAAAUAUCGCCAGCACAGAAGCCGCUAAAGUUAACUCUUUAGGGAUACAAAGUCUCAAUGCCGCCGAAGCUGCUACCAACUUUGAUAAUGAGAACGCUCAAUCGUUUUUAAUUGUCAAGCGUGAUGAGAACAAACGUGCCUUCUUAAAUAAUGGAUUCCAACCCUUCGUGUCUUUCCAAAACGCUAAUCAAAACAUCGCUACCACUGAAGCCGCUAAUGUUAACUCAUUAGGAAUCGAGGCCUUUAAUGCCGCAGAAGCCGCUUCCGCUUUCGAUUCCGAGAAUGCUCAAUCACUUCUUAUUGUAAAGAAUUAA